CUCAUUUGUUUAGGCAGUAGGGAGUUUCUGCUAGGGUCUGGAUUGGAGUUAUACACAGACCGGACCCUACCGUGUAUGAGUGGUGUCUGAGGAGAAAAAGAGGAUUCCCCCCUUGCCGCAAAGAAUCUACAUGUCUAAUAUUUAGACAUGUUCAGCUUUGUGGAUAUUCGGUUAGCGCUGCUGCUCAGCGCAGCGGUACUUUUGGCCAGAGGUCAAGGCGAGGAUGAUAGCGCACCCGGCAGCUGCACAUUAGAUGGACAGGCUUACAACGAUAAGGAUGUAUGGAAACCAGAGCCCUGCCAGAUCUGCGUCUGCGACAGCGGAACCGUCAUGUGCGACGAGGUGAUCUGCGAGGACACAUCCGACUGCGCCGACCCCAUCAUCCCAGACGGAGAGUGCUGCCCUAUCUGCCCAGACACCGAGGGACCCCAGAUUCCCCAAGAGCCAACAGUCGGAGACGUUGGUGAAAAGGGAGACAGGGGUCUUCCCGGUCCUCCUGGCAACGAUGGACUCGACGGACAGCCCGGCCUCCCCGGCCCACCCGGCCCCCCUGGCCCCCCUGGCCUUGGCGGAAACUUCUCUCCUCAAAUGAGCUAUGUUGACCACUCCAAAUCAAGCGGCCCACCCCAACCCGGCCCAAUGGGUCCCAUGGGUCCUCGUGGUCCUCCUGGACCCCCUGGCUCCUCUGGUCCUCAGGGUUUCACUGGCCCCCCUGGAGAGCCCGGUGAGCCCGGAGCUUCUGGUCCCAUGGGUGCUCGUGGUCCCGCUGGCCCCCCUGGAAAGAACGGAGAUGAUGGUGAGCCUGGCAAAGCUGGUCGCCCCGGUGAGCGUGGAGCUGCUGGACCUCAGGGAGCUCGUGGAUUCCCCGGAACCCCUGGACUCCCCGGCAUCAAGGGACACAGAGGUUUCAGCGGUCUGGAUGGAGCCAAGGGAGACAGCGGACCUGCUGGCCCCAAGGGAGAGCCUGGUGCCCCUGGUGAGAACGGUGUCCCCGGUAGUAUGGGUGCUCGUGGUCUCCCUGGUGAGAGAGGCCGCCCCGGACCUCCUGGACCUGCUGGCGCUCGUGGUAAUGAUGGCAACACUGGCCCUGGUGGACCUCCUGGAUCUACUGGACCCGCUGGUCCCCCUGGAUUCCCCGGUGGUGCCGGUGCUAAGGGAGAGACCGGUCCUCAGGGAGCUCGUGGUGGAGAUGGACCCCAGGGAGCUCGUGGUGAGCCCGGAAACCCUGGACCUGCUGGACCCGCUGGACCUGCUGGUGCCCCCGGAACCGAUGGUUCCCCCGGUGCUAAGGGUGCUCCUGGUGCUGCUGGUAUUGCUGGUGCUCCUGGUUUCCCCGGUGCUCGCGGCCCUGCUGGAGCUCAGGGAGCUGUUGGUGCUCCUGGUCCCAAGGGUAACAACGGUGACCAUGGUCCCCCUGGACCUAAGGGAGAGCCUGGUGCCAAGGGAGAGCCUGGCCCCGCUGGAGUUCAGGGACUUGCUGGCCCCUCUGGUGAGGAAGGAAAGAGAGGACCCCGUGGAGAGCCUGGUGGUGCUGGAGCCCGUGGACCCCCUGGAGAGCGUGGUGCCCCUGGUGCUCGUGGUUUCCCUGGUGCUGAUGGAGCUGCUGGUGGAAAGGGUGCCCCCGGAGAGCGCGGUGCCCCUGGCGCAAUGGGAGCUCAGGGAGCCACUGGUGAGUCUGGUAGCCCCGGUGCUCCUGGUGCCCCUGGAUCCAAGGGUAUGACUGGUAGCCCUGGCAGCCCUGGCUCUGAUGGCAAAGCUGGACCUUCUGGUGCCCAAGGACAAGACGGACGCCCUGGACCUCCCGGCCCCUCUGGACCCAGAGGACAGCCCGGAGUGAUGGGAUUCCCCGGACCCAAGGGAGCUGGUGGUGAGGCUGGCAAGGCUGGCGAGAGAGGUGCCGCUGGUCCCUCUGGCGCUGUUGGUGCUCCUGGUAAAGAUGGUGACGUUGGUGCUCCUGGACCUUCUGGUGUUGCUGGACCUGCUGGAGAGAAGGGAGAGCAGGGACCCGCUGGUCCUCCCGGAUUCCAGGGACUUCCUGGACCCCAAGGUGCUACUGGUGAGACUGGCAAGCCUGGUGAGCAGGGUGCUCCUGGUGAGGGUGGACCCCCUGGCCCAUCUGGACCAAGAGGCGACAGAGGUUUCCCUGGUGAGCGUGGUGCUCCUGGUGUUGCUGGACCAACUGGACCCCGUGGUGCUGCUGGCCCCGCUGGUAACGAUGGACCCAAGGGAGAGCCCGGUGCUGCUGGUGCCCCUGGUGGUCAGGGAGCCCCUGGUAUGCAGGGAAUGCCUGGUGAGCGCGGAGCUUCUGGUCUCCCCGGAGUCAAGGGAGAGAGAGGAGAUGCUGGUGGCAAGGGAGGUGAGGGCGCUCCUGGCAAAGAUGGCAUUCGUGGUAUGACUGGUGCUAUCGGAGUCCCUGGACCUCCUGGUGCUCAGGGUGAGAAGGGUGAGCCUGGACCCCUUGGAGUUGCUGGACCCACUGGACCUCGCGGUGCCCCUGGUGACCGUGGAGAGGCCGGACCUGCUGGACCUGCUGGAUUCGCUGGACCUCCUGGUGCUGAUGGUCAGCCUGGUGCUAAGGGAGAGUCUGGUGACACUGGACCCAAGGGAGACGCUGGUGCCCCCGGACCUGGUGGACCUGUUGGAGCUGCUGGACCUCAGGGACCUGCUGGUCCUCCUGGACCCAAAGGUGCUCGUGGUGGUGCUGGAUCUCCUGGUGCUACUGGUUUCCCUGGACCCGCUGGCAGAGUCGGACCCCCUGGCCCCGCUGGAGCUAGUGGAGCACCUGGACCCGCCGGACCCGUCGGCAAAGAUGGAGCAAGAGGAGCCCGUGGUGAGACCGGUCCCGCUGGUCGCCCCGGUGAGGCUGGUGCUGCUGGAGCCCCAGGACCAGGUGGAGAGAAGGGAUCUCCCGGUGCUGAUGGUGCCCCCGGUGCUCCUGGACCCCCCGGACCCUCUGGUAUUGCUGGACAGCGUGGUAUUGUAGGUCUCCCCGGACAGCGUGGAGAGCGUGGUUUCCCCGGCCUGCCUGGAAGCUCUGGUGAGCCUGGAAAGCAGGGACCAUCUGGACUUGUUGGUGAGCGUGGACCCCCCGGACCUGCUGGACCCCCUGGACUGUCUGGUCCCACCGGAGAGGCUGGUCGUGAGGGAUCUCAGGGACAUGAUGGUGCCCCCGGUCGUGAUGGAGCCCCUGGAUCCAAGGGAGACCGUGGUGAGUCUGGUAUGGCUGGACCCCCAGGAGCCCCUGGUGCUCCUGGUGCCCCCGGAGCUGUUGGCCCCUCUGGCAAGACUGGUGACCGUGGAGAGACUGGUGCUGCUGGUCCUGCUGGCCCUGCUGGUCCUGCUGGAGUCCGUGGUCCUGCUGGCCCCGCUGGAGCUAAGGGAGACAGAGGAGAGGCUGGUGAGGCUGGAGAGAGAGGCCACAAGGGACACAGAGGCUUCACUGGCAUGCAGGGUAUGCCCGGACCUGCUGGUGCUUCUGGAGAGAGAGGACCCGCUGGUGCCUCUGGACCUGCUGGACCUCGUGGACCAUCUGGAUCUAACGGCGCUCCCGGUAAGGAUGGCAUGAACGGUCUGCCCGGACCCAUCGGACCCCCUGGACCUCGCGGUCGCAAUGGAGAGAUGGGACCUGCUGGUCCUCCAGGACCUCCCGGACCCGCUGGACCCCCUGGACCUCCCGGCAGUGGAUUCGACUUCGUCAGCCAGCCCCUGCAGGAGAAGGCUCCCGAUCCCUACCGUGGUGGCGGAUAUCGCGCUGAUGACCCCAGCAUGAUGCGCGAUCGCGACAUGGAGGUUGACACCACCCUCAAGACCCUGACCCAGAAGGUCGAGAAGAUCCGCAGCCCCGACGGUACCCAGAAGAGCCCUGCUCGCAUGUGCCGCGACCUGAGGAUGUGCCACCCCGAGUGGAAGAGCGGCAUGUACUGGGUCGACCCCAACCAGGGAUCUGCCCUGGACGCCAUCAAGGUCCACUGCAACAUGGAGACUGGCGAGACCUGCAUCUACCCAAGCCAGUCCAGCAUCCCCAUGAAGAACUGGUACCUCAGCAAGAACAUCAAGGAGAAGAAGCACGUCUGGUUCAGCGAGUCCAUGACCGGUGGAGCCCAGUUCCAGUAUGGCACCGAUGGAGCUGAUACCGAGGACGUCAACAUCCAGAUGACCUUCAUGCGCCUGAUGUCCAACCAGGCCUCCCAGAACAUCACAUACCACUGCAAGAACAGCAUCGCCUACAUGGACGCCUCCACCGGCAACCUGAAGAAGGCCAUGGUGCUCGGAGGCUCCAACGACGUCGAGAUCAGAGCCGAGGGCAACAGCCGCUUCACAUACACCGUCAGCGAGGAUGGCUGCACGUCACACACUGGCUCAUGGGGCAAGACAGUCAUCGACUACAAGACAACGAAAACAUCCCGCCUGCCCAUCAUUGACAUUGCUCCUAUGGAUGUUGGUGCACCUGAUCAGGAGUUUGGCGUCGAAAUUGGCCCAGUUUGCUUCUUGUAAAAAUGAAAGAAAUAUGGACAUGACGUUGUUGUUUUUUUUUCUAGCAGUCAUCUCUAAAUCCUUUUUUUUUUCCUAUGCAUUCAAAACUCAUUCGGCUGCCAUUGGUCCACAUGCUUUAAAAAAAAAACCACUCUACUGAAGACGGUGUUCGUGUUUUUGUUUUUUUUUUUGUUUUUGUUUUUUCCCAAUCAUGAGAAGUUUUUUUUUCCGGGACUGCUACUUCAACCAAACCACAAGGACACUUUAAAAAGAAUCUUUUGUUUCCACUGGCAACAAGAAAAUAAUAUAUGCUUGUGUAAAAUUUCCCCCCCGGAGAUUAAGAAAACAAACAAAAAAAAAAGAGCGAGCGUGAGAAAGAAAGAAAGAUCGACACACGCGAUGAAACACAGGUGACUUUUGCCAUUUUCUACCACUGCGAGAAGGACAUUGAAAACAACAAAUGAUAUGUACCAUUUUUCCUGGUGUUAAAUAAAUUGUAAAAAGUGUGAAGCGUCUUCUUGUUUAUAAAUUCAUGAAAAGAAGAAAAACACCUGAGAGCAUGACAACAGAAGCUCACCUUCAUUUGCAAUAUGUAGAUGGCUACCUCAUAACAAGAAGUCACCACGCAGCUUUUGUUUUUUUUUUUUGUUUUUCUUAAAUGAAAAGGGUUGAUUUUACACGAGGAAAUCGAAAAAGAAACAGUCAAAAGGUGCUAUAAACACUUCAACGAGGUCCAGUUAUUGGUGUUUGACGGUGACGGUGAGAUUCUCGCCCGUCAUACUGUAAUUAUUGCCACUAAUGAACCUUUGGUGCUACUAAAUUGCCUCUUGUUGUCUGUGCAAGUGCAAAUGUUUUCUUCUUAAGUGAUCCUCAGAUUAAAAAAGGGGGCGAUCACUGCAGAUGUAACGCAUGCAAUCAUGUCUUUGUAGAUAAAAAAAAAAAAGAAAGCAAGUGACUCUGAUUCAAUUUCAUCUCCCUGCCCGUUGUGUUCAGUGUUGAUCCUUUUCUGUCUGUUCGACCUCCUCCUGUGGAAAAAAAACAAAACUUCUUCUUCACUAAAAAAAAAAGAAAGAAAGAAAUAACAGCACACAUCUCCCGCCCUGUUUGUUCAUGUUGUUUGUUGUUUUGUUUCUUUUCGCGAAGGGUUUCUUAAAAAAGGAUUUGAAGCAGACCCACUUUCAUGGUUUUAAAAGAAAGAGAGAGAUUCUGUACUUAUUUUGUACAUGUAUAAUAAAUUGAGAUGUUUUUAAUUAUUUUUUGGGUGCUGAAAUAAAGCAUGUGAAGUGGUCUA